AUGGCCGCCCUGUCCCUCCGCGCGGCGGCUCUCGCGGCCCUGCUGCCGCUGCUCGCGACAGCCGAGCUGGCGCUGCGCCUCAAGGCGAGGGGCGGCGGCGACAGUCGGCUCGGGGUGAUGAACCGGCACGGCGUCACGAAGUAUGCCAGCGAGGAAUUGCAGAGGGUCCGCUCCGCGAAGUUCUACUGGCCUGACUCCGCCAACCGCGACCGCUACGACUUCAACGGCGCUAAAGACUUCACCGAGAGCAUAUCCUGGGGCUGGCACCACCCGAACGGCGUCUACAACACUAUCCCAGUGGGCGCCCCCCUCAUCGACGGCGACCAGAACAUCUACCUCGGCUCGGACGACGCCAUCUCGGACGGGGCCAGGAUGAAGCUCGCUGCCGCGCCCACCCUGCUCGAGGCCACCGCCGGCGACGCGGGCCGUGGGGGCGUGGCCUUCUCCAAGGACCUGGAGGCCCAGCUGGAGGACAUACUGUCGCCGUCGCUGGCUGAGCUGACGCCCGGCGGCGUAGCCCUUGGGCAGUUCACGGAGCUCCGGGUCGGGGACCAGGUCAAGGUGAAGGCUGGGGUGGGGUACCACGCGGGCGGCAAGGAGUACUACAAGGCAGGCGAUCUGGGCCAGAUCGAGAAAGUCGACGUCGUCGGCGGCGAGCGGAUGGCGACGAUCCGCUGGCAGCGCAGCGGCCACCGCAGCGUCGCGGGGCUCCCCGCACUGAGCAAGAGGUUCGUGCACAUCCAGGCAGCGAGGAAGUCUGCGCCGGCCAUGCUGGUGGGCAGCACCACCUCCGGCUAUGUGUUCGCUCUGGAGCUGGAGUCUGGAGACGAGCUGUGGGCGACCCAGGCCUCGGACCAGAUCGCCGGUGUCAAGGGCGCGGUCUCUGGCAAGGACGGGAUCGUGGUGGUCGCGACCAACCGCUGCAAGGACCACCUCUGCUACCGCUACCGCAACUCUACCAACCCCCUGACUCCGGGCAACAAGAUCGUGCGGGGCUUCAGCGCCUCGGACGGCAGCUCCGUGUGGGAGUAUGCGACUUUCUCCCCGGUGUGGAACUUUGUACCUCAGUACCACACGAGCGACGGGACCGUGAUGUUCAGCGAUCAGGAGGGCAACACGUACUGCCUGGACCUGCAGUCCGGGUCGGAGAAGUGGAUGCACCAGGGGGCCAUGGGCACCUACGCCCAGUCCAACGCCGUGUACGACCCCACCACGAACCUCAUCUUUGCCAUGGGCGUGCAGGCGUACGAGAGCAAGUACUGCAACCCGUUCCCGGCCCCGGGCGUCCUGCCUCUCUGCGGGACGUGGCCAGGCUCGCCGGGCUGGGUGCGCGCGCUCAACGCGAGCUCCGGCCACGCGCGCUGGGAGCUCGAGACCCCAGAGCCCCCGUCCAGCGCCGCCGUCGGCAUGUUGAACACACCUGGCACCUCGCUCACACGCUCGCGCCGUGCACCCACGGUGGCGCACAACUCCCCCUCCAAGAUCUGGGCCGUCGACCCGCCCAACGGCCACAUCCGCUGGACGAAGGCGGGCCCCACGCUCUGGGCGGGCAUGUGCGCCGGGGACCUGGAGGGCGGCGACAUCCGCAGGGCCAUGGGCGGUCGCGCGGCGUGCGCUCCGGGCGCCUGGUCCGCUCCCGCAAUCGACCAGCACGGUGACGUCUACAUCGGCAGCCAGGUGGGGGAGCUCCAGAGGUGGGGGACGGAGAACAGCGGGGGGGCCAGGGACGUCAGGCUGCUCUCGACGCUCAACACGGGGGUGGCCUUCCAGGACCAGGCCGUUGCGUUCGCCACGGGCAUCAUGGCUGUGUCAACGUGCACGUCGCUCCUAGUCUUCCAGACUUACAGCGACCAGCCCACGAUUCCAGACAACGUGACGAUGAAGACCGAGUGGUAUUAG